GACUUUUAUUAAUGAUUAGCAAUUUAAGCCCCUGAUUGGCAAAGAAUCCUCCACUCUCUGCUCCAAAAGGUCCAAGGGAGCAAGCUUGGAGGAAACGCUGGGUUCAACGUGAAGCCCUUCUGCAGACAUUCAGUAGGUGAAACUGGCUAUGAACAAAUAUCAUCUGUUUCAUUUACCAACUGGGUGAUCUGGAGGAAGAGGGUGAAAACCAUUCACCAAUAGAGGAGAAACACAAUGGCCACCAAGACAGAGUUGGGCCCCAUAGCAAGGGAGAGGAAGUACGCCCAAGAUAAGCAAGUGGAUGAGGGACUCAUACCCAGGAAAGUUCCUAUUGUAUGUUCUACUCGCUUUGGAAUAGCCCUCAUCUUACAUUUCUGCAACUUUAUAAUGAUGGCACAAAAUGUCAUUAUGAGCAUCACCAUCGUAGCCAUGGUCAACAGCACAAGCCCUCAAUCCCAGCUCAAUGGCUCCCCUGAGGGGCUGCCUGUUGACUCAUUUGGUGACCUAAAUAAAGCCCCAAAGAGUCUUCCUGCAAAGGCUCCUGUGUAUGAGUGGUGUCCUCAAAUCCAAGGCAUCAUCUUUGGUGCUGUCAGCUAUGGUGCCAUACUGACAAUGGCUCUCAGUGGAUACCUGGCUGGAAGAGUAGGAACAAAGCGAGUGGUUGGCGUUUCUUUGUUUGCAAAUUCAUUUCUCAUUCUGUGCAUCCCUCCAGCAGCUGACUUUGGAACAGCUUUCCUCAUUGUAAUUCGAAUAGCCCAGGGCCUAAGCCAGGGCUCAAUACUUGGGGGUCAGUUUGCAAUUUGGGGGAAAUGGGGCCUUCCGCAUGAACAAAACAGACUCUACAGCAUUGCCUUAUCAGGAAUAUUGCUGGGAUGCUUUACUGCCAUCCUCAUAAGUGGCUUUAUCAUUGAUACCCUUGGGUGGCCUUUUGUCUUCUAUGUCUUUGGAGGUGUUGGCUUUGUCUACUGCCUUAUCUGGUUUGUUGUGAUUUAUGAUGACCCUGUUUCCCACCCAUGGAUAAGCAUCUCAGAAAAAGAAUACAUCAUAUCCUCCUUGAAACAACAGGUCAGGUCUUCUAAACAGCCUCUUCCCAUCAAAGCUAUGCUCAGAUCUCUACCCAUUUGGUCCAUAUGUUUAUGCUCUUUCAGCCAUCAGUGGUUAGUUAACACAUUGACUGUAUACAUACCAACUUACAUCAGCUCUGUGUACCAUGUUAACAUCAGAGAUAACGGACUCCUAUCUGCCCUUCCUUUUAUUUUUGCCUACAUCACGGGUGUGGUGGGAGGCUAUCUGGCAGAUUUCCUCCUAACCAAGAAUUUUAGACUCAUAACUGUGAGGAAACUUGCCACAAUUUUAGGAAAUCUCCCCUCUUCAGUACUCAUUGUGUCUCUGCCCUACCUCAGUUCCAGCUACGUCACAGCAACUGCCUUUCUGAUGCUCUCAUGUGGAUUAAGUACAUUGUGUCAGUCAGGGAUUUAUGUCAAUGCCUUAGAUAUUGCUCCAAGGCAUUCCAGUUUUCUCAUGGGAGCAUCAAGGGCAUUUUCAGGCAUGGCACCUGUCAUUGCACCCACUGUCAGUGGAUUUCUUCUUAGUCAGGACCCUGAGUUUGGGUGGAGGAAUGUCUUCUUCUUGCUGUUUGCCAUUAACCUGGCAGGAGUAAUCUUCUACUUCAUAUUUGGAGAAGCAGAUGUCCAAGACUGGGCUAAAGAGAGGAAACUGACUCGUUUAUGAAGUUAUCCCACCUUGGAUGGAAAAGUCAUUAGGCAUAGUAUUUCAUAAAAUAGAAGGCUUCAGCGAUGAAAAUACCAGUGAAAAGAAUUUUGUUUCCUGUGGCUCCUUUCAAAUAUGAGAUCAGUUCCUUCUUUUAUUCAGACUUCUUUUUCUAAGAGAAAUAGAUGAAUAAAAAUUCAAAUAAAAUAACUAAGAA